AUGACAUAUCCAACAAAUUGGUAUGUUCAUAAUUCGUCUUUUGACAAAUUAUUAAACCACAUAUUUGUGCUGAGCACAAGUAUUACCUUGUUUCUCAAUUGUCAUGCUAUCCUGUUUCACCGCGGCUGCUGUACUAUUACGGAAAGUAUCUUUGCUUCUAAGAAUCAAUGUUACUAUCGACACUACGGAAGUCCCUCGCUAGGAAAAAAUCAAGUCUUAAAUUUGUUGAUAAGAGAGGAAGGAAACCUGCAGAUCUAUAUUCUGCACAUUAAAAGAAUAAAAAUCUUGAUGAUAUUCCUCGUACAAACUGUUGAUGAGAUGAAUUAG